CAUUCGGUCUCCACUCAGUGACUCUAUAUGCAGCAGAUCUGUCACGCGUUCAUCAUACCUUGCUUGCUUCUCGCACGUAUUACUUCCUUGUUACGAUAAUAACAUCAAAAUACUAAUAAAGUAUGGCUAACUACAUUCACGUACCCGAAGAGGCUCCAGCCGUGCCCAAAAUAGACGUGAUAGUUGAGGAGAGUGACUACAGAACCGGCGCCCUGAAAUUGGUCAAGGAGCUGAGACCGAACUGGAAACCCUCCGAGGUCAAAAUAAAGUUCUUUACUGAUGGCAUCACUAAUAAGCUUCUGGGCUGCUACGUGGGCGCCGCCAUGCAAGACGUGGUGCUGGUUCGUAUCUACGGUAACAAGACGGAGCUUUUGAUCGACCGAGAGAACGAGGUGAAGAGUUUCCGGGUGCUCCACGCGCACCGCUGCGCCCCGCGUCUCUACUGCACCUUCAACAACGGCUUGUGCUACGAGUUCCUCGAAGGCGCCGCUCUGGAGCCCGAGCACAUCCGUAGCCAGCCUGUAUUCAGGCUGAUUGCCAGACAGCUCGCCAAAUAUCACGCUAUCCACGCCCACAACGGCUGGGUGCCCCAGUCGGACUUGUGGCUGAAGAUGGGCAAAUAUUUCUCUCUCAUCCCAAAGUACUUCACGGAGCCGGAGAAGAAUGCGAGGUUGAAGACGGAGGUGCCCAGUCCGCAUUGCCUCCGAGACGAGCUGGUGUGGCUGCAGCAGAGCUUGUCGGUGCUGGGCUCGCCCGUGGUCCUGUGCCACAACGACCUGCUGUGCAAGAACAUUAUCUACAACCAGCAGGCCGGCAACGUAAAGUUCAUCGACUACGAGUACGCCGGCUACAAUUACCAAGCCUUCGACAUUGGGAAUCAUUUCAAUGAGUUUGCCGGCUUGAACGAAGUGGAUUAUAGCCACUACCCGGCGAGACCUUUCCAGCUGCAAUGGCUGCGCUCGUACCUGGAAGCCUACAAGGAGCACAAAGGUCUGAACGACCAGGUGACAGACAGAGAAGUGGAGACGCUUUACGUGCAAGUCAACCGCUUCGCCCUGGCAUCACAUUUCUUCUGGGCUCUUUGGGCUUUGAUUCAAGCCAAAUUCUCCACCAUUGACUUUGACUUCUUGGAAUAUGCAGUGCUGCGCUUCAACCAGUACUUCAAGAUGAAACCCGAGGUAGCCGUGUUGAGCCUACCCGAAUAAAAAAAACACGCCCCCACACACCCCGCCCCUCGCCCAAUCCCUCUUGUUCCUUCCGCGCUUCCUCCAGGCCCUGCUCAGUGCCUCUCUUACAACGAGCCUAGAGCGCCCUCUAUGGGCGCACGCUGGUAAGACUUUUGCGUUCAGUGCCUGGUUGCGAGGGUGGCGCGUCAAUCUCAACGGGUUACGGGAGCUAGCUCACGCGCGAUUGGAAAACCCGUUGGAAUGUGAAGCGGAUGUGCGUUGAAGUGCACACUAGAUAAGGAAGGGGAGCUAAAAAUGUAAAAUUACUACUAUGAAAAUGCUGCAAGAAAUACCUGCCGGCUUUUUUUUUCUUUUGAAACCCUUAUUUUCGGGCCAGCAUCGUUUCUGACGUGCCCGGAAUUGCCAUCCAGUCAUCCUUCGUGUAUGCUAAGGGUCAAAACGAGUCGGCCGGGUUUUGCAUUCCGUGUUCAUUGAAAUGGGAGCAAUCAGAUGAGACCAAAACUGCUUUAGUGGUAGCGAUCGAGAAAAGCGCGACGUCAUCGGUGAGACAAAAUGGCUGCCAUUGACACACGGACCAACUGACAGAAAGCAUUUGAAGGAGAAGCUUGUUGUUACUUUGCCACAAGCCAAAGGGAGGCUUCUUAAAACUAGA